AUGCAUUUCUAUAAGUUAUUGAUUCCAAUUACAUUCAUCACAAUAUUAGCUUUCAGUGGUUCAAUACAAGCUCUACCUGUUCCACAGGAUGUAUCCGAAAGUAUUAUGGCUGAAGAGGUUCCUAUUGUUAGCAAUUCAAGUAUCAUUGAUUCAAAUCACACAAUAGAGGAAACAACUGCGUUUAAUAGUUCAGCAUUGAAUGAUGAUGAGAAACCAAAACCAAAAGAAGGACUGCAAAGGCAAGAUUUAAAUCUCAUAAUAAUUUUUUCUUCGGUUUUUGGGCCCAUAAUUUAUCUUUGUUUUAUUGGAGGGACACUUUCCCUUUAUGCACGAAACCAAUAUUUGAAUUUCUUUGAAAUGAUUGAGUACAUCGGAAGAGAUGUUGAAAAAAAGAAACAAUCAUGGUUUUGGUUUUUGGUGAGAGUUCUUUUCAGUUGGAAAACUUUAGGUGUUUCGAUUAUUAUUGCUGGUUUGGGGCUUGGUGCGUGGUAUGGAGGAAAAGCAUUAUGGAUAUCAUUUAAAUAUUUGAUAAAUGGGCCAAUCAAGGCAUUCUUCAAGCUGAAAUUUGUUAAAGGGUUCUUCUCAAUAAUUGCAACUCCAUUUAAAAACAAAGAAUAUCCUUCCCUUGAUGAUGAGUCAAAUAAUUCUAAAGAAAUAUCUACAGGUAAUAUUUCCAAUAAAGCUCAAGGUAAAAUUGUCAAAAGAUCACAAGUCGAUCAAUAUAAUUUCAAUGGAAUAUCUCUAAGAACAUCAGCAAAUGAUAUUUUCUCUCCAGAGUUUCAAUGCUGUACAGAAUUGACAGGAGAUGAUUUAUAUGCGGCAUGUCCUGAACAUUCAACAAACCUACAGUCAUGCUCUAUUUGUCUUGAGCAAUUACGUCCAGAGGACAUUUUGUUGUUAUUGCCUUGUAACCAUGCUCAUCAUCGUGAUUGUUUAUAUGAUUUUAAAAGAUCAACUGUACAAGAAACACACCCAAAUGAAGUUGUUAUGUUUAGAUGUCCAAGUUGUCAAUUGAAUCUUGUCAGAUUGUAUCAAUAUUAUGUUGAUCAUGAUUUGGAUUUCAAAAAAGUUAAGUUUGACAAUAGAGGCUGA